GUCGAUUCCCAACACGCAGCAACCCACACACCCACACCCCACUCCUCUCGCUCUCUCACACACAAUGGCGCCCCUGUCGACCGCUGCCCGCGCUCUGGCGCGCUCAGCAGCUGCUACACGAGCCUCCCCCGUCGCCGCGAGAUGCCUGUCCACGACCGCCGCCCGCGCCGACGCCGGCUCGUCCUACGAGUCGCCCUUCAAGGGCGAGCGCAACACCACCCGCGUGCCUGACUUCAGCCACUACGCCUCCAAGAGCUCGCCGAACAAGAACCUGAUGUACCAGUACUUCAUCGUCGGUGGGAUGGGCGGCAUUACGGCCAUGGGUGCCAAAUCUACGAUCCAAGAGUUCCUCAAGAACAUGUCCGCAUCGGCUGAUGUCUUGGCCAUGGCCAAGGUUGAGGUUGAUCUUGCUGCUAUCCCAGAGGGCAAGAACGUCAUCAUCAAGUGGCGUGGCAAGCCCGUCUUCAUUCGACACCGUACCGAGCACGAGAUCGCCGAGGCCCGCAAGGUCAGCAUCCAAUCGUUACGAGACCCUCAGGAUGAUGCCGACCGUGUGAAGAAGCCCGAGUGGCUGGUGAUGCUGGGUGUUUGCACGCAUCUGGGUUGUGUGCCUAUUGGCGAGGCCGGUGACUUUGGUGGCUGGUUCUGCCCCUGCCACGGUUCCCACUACGACAUUUCUGGACGUAUACGCAAGGGCCCCGCUCCCCUCAACCUCGAGAUUCCAGAGUACGACUUUGGCGAGGACGACAAGCUCGUCAUCGGUUAAACGAUCCCAACGCACAUACACAACAGGGGAGGGCAGGAGGAAGGUUGUACGAGUACGGCGUGGAGAACCGACGACGACAGCGUUCCAGCUGGAGGAGACAAAAACGUCACCAGGCCUAUAGACGCACAGCGUGGGCGGGUAGAGAGGGGUCAGGAGGGAAGACAGGUGGGAGGCAAAAGAUGAACCGGGCGGGGAUUUAUACUAGAGCGGCUCGCCUUCAAUGCCAUUGUACAAAAACCGUCUGAGCAUUGCAAAAUCCAAGAACAACUAUUUUCUCUUUUUCUUA